AUGAUAAAAAGGCUUGGUGAAUACUGCAACUUGUUUUGCUUUCUUCUUCUUUUUCAUUACCGAACAAUUCAACUAACAACCGGGAAGAUGAGUCCCUACAUCAUCUGCUGUCCUAUCUGCGGAUGGAGAAUAUACGACAUAGGUGCCGGCUGGAGAAACGAAUUUCUUUGCAUCACACCAAAGAAGGGAAAGAUUUACCUGACUGGACUCGGCGUCUAUGACGACCCUAGCAGCGGCGGCUUUAUUGCCCCACGAAAUACAGCUGCCAGAUAUGACGACGGAUACACCAGGCCUCAGAAGGAUCAAUUCGAUACCCAUAGGCAAGCCAUGUCAACAGCCGCGGUCCCCCUUGACCGGGUUUUCUAUUCUCUUGACUCAGCCAAAGACUCCCUGUUUCCUUGGGAGAUCAAUGGACGCGAUGAUGAAGCAGAGGAUGCGCCUUGGACCGCUGACCCACGUAAGGUGAAUGUUCAAACGAUACUAGACGUAAUCAGACUCACCGAGAGAUUUCCAGACGACGCCAAAGCCAAAAACCUGACCACCGAGCUAUCAGACCUGGUCGGAGAGUUUUCUUGGCUUUUUGAGGCCUUUCUGGAUGACAAUCGGUGCCCAAGGGACUGGAAAUUGCUGUCCCAACUACUCGCCGACAAAAAAAAGCACCAUCAUCACUCCGUUUACUCGAAGGGGGCUUGA